UGGGGACAGAUCAUUGGCGUGUGUGAGAAACAGAGGGAUGGAGCUGUGGGCUCAAGCUUGAUCUGUGGAGAAACCCUUCAAAAACUCUGCAUACAACCAGCCAGCAGAACACAGUAUCCAUCUGAGCUCCAUCUCCAGCUCCUCCUCCGAGACGUCCUUCUUUCUCUCAUCAUCUCUCUCUCCUGCUAAUCCGGAUGCCUAAGAACAGUAAGGUGACCCAGCGAGAGCAGGGGGAUGUGGUCACGGCGUCGGUCGCUGACCUGCUGGCUCAUGAACAGCCUCUGGACUAUAAGAGCAGUUCUCUGAGUGUUGGUGGGCCACCAGGGUCCAGGGUUGGAGUGGACAGUCCAGAAAACGAUGGCAGACCGGCCUGGAACAGCAAGCUGGAGUACAUCUUGGCCCAGGUGGGAUUCUCAGUUGGCCUCGGCAAUGUGUGGCGCUUCCCCUACCUGUGCCAGAAGAACGGCGGCGGUGCAUAUCUGGUGCCGUAUUUCAUCCUCCUCAUUCUGAUUGGGAUUCCACUGUUUUUUCUGGAACUGGCGGUCGGUCAGAAGAUCCGGCGCGGCAGCAUCGGGGUCUGGAAUUACGUCUGUCCUCAACUUGGGGGAGUGGGAGUGUCCAGUCUAAUGGUGUGUGGGUUUGUGGGAUUAUAUUAUAACGUCAUCAUCGGCUGGAGCAUCUUCUACUUCUUCCAGUCCUUCCAGUCCCCCCUACCCUGGAGCAGCUGCCCAGUCAGGAUAAACGGCUCACAGGCCAUCGUGGAGCCGGAAUGUGAUAAAAGCUCAGCUACGACGUAUUUCUGGUAUCGCGAGACUCUGAACAUCACGAGUUCGAUCUCAGACACCGGCGGACUGAACUGGAAGAUGACGGUGUCGCUGUUCAUCGCCUGGGUCAUCGUCUGCCUGGCCGUCAUCAAAGGCAUUCAGUCCUCAGGGAAGGUGAUGUACUUCAGCUCCUUGUUCCCGUACGUGGUUCUCUUCUGUUUCCUGGUGAGGGGGCUGUUUCUGAAGGGAGCGGUGGACGGCAUCGCCCACAUGUUCACGCCUAAGUUGGAGAUCAUGCUAGAACCUCAGGUGUGGCGAGAAGCAGCUACACAGGUGUUCUUCGCUUUGGGUUUGGGGUUUGGUGGAGUCAUCGCCUUCUCCAGCUACAACCGGAGCGACAACAACUGCCACUUCGACGCAGUGCUGGUUUCCGUCAUCAACUUCAUUACCUCCAUCCUGGCCACACUGGUGGUGUUUGCAGUGCUGGGCUUCAAGGCCAACGUCCUCAAUGAGAAAUGCGUGGCUGAGAACGCAGAAAAGAUCGUGGGAUAUCUGAACACUGGAGUGUUGAGUCAGGAUCUGAUCCCACCUCAUGUCAACUUCUCUCACCUGACUGAGGAAGACUACGCUCAGAUCUUCACAGUGAUAAAGACAGUAAAGGAGGACGGAUUCGGGCAGCUGGGGCUCCAGCCCUGUGUUCUCGAAGACGAACUGAACAAGGCAGUACAGGGGACUGGUUUGGCCUUCAUCGCUUUUACAGAAGCAAUGACUCACUUCCCUGCUGCUCCCCUGUGGUCGGUGCUGUUCUUCUUCAUGCUCAUUAAUCUGGGCCUGGGAAGUAUGAUCGGCACCAUGACCGGCAUCACCACGCCCAUACUGGACACCUUCAAAAUACGCAAGGAGAUUUUAACAGUGGUGUGCUGUAUUGUGGCGUUCCUCUGCGGACUGCUGUUCGUUCAGAGGUCUGGGAAUUACUUUGUGACGAUGUUUGAUGAUUAUUCGGCUGGUUUGCCUCUAACCGUCGUCGUCCUCCUGGAGAACCUGUCCGUAGCCUGGAUCUACGGCACCAAGAGGUUCAUGCAGGACCUGGAGGACAUGUUGGGCUUCAGGCCGUACAAGUUUUAUUUCUACAUGUGGAAGUACGUCUCUCCACUCUGCCUCCUCGUCCUCGUCUUGGCUACUAUUAUACAGAUGGCCAUCAGCCCACCUGGAUACAACGCCUGGGUUCAGGACCAGGCUGAGGAGCGUUUUCAGAGUUAUCCACCCUGGGCUACAGUGAUGUGUUUCUCGCUGGUUGUGGUCGCCAUGCUGCCUCUGCCCGGCGUCUUCAUCGCCCGCCGCCUGAACCUCCUCACCGACGGAUCCAACAAGCUCUCGGCUUCCUAUCGCAAGGGCUGCAUGAUGAAGGACCUGUCCAACCUGGAGGAGCAGGACGAGACUCGCUACAUCCUCAACAAGAACAUCGCAGGGUCACCAUUACCUCCACAACGUCCUCCACGUCCCCCUCGAGGCCUGACCAUUGACAACCCUCCAUCUGACCCAAAUACCCUCUCACCCAACAGCUGCUACCGGACCAGCUACCAGAACCCCACCACCCCCGAAUCAGACUGAACCAAACAGAGAGACACGUCCCAGUAUCAGAUUAAACCACUCGCAGAGAGACACGUACCCGAAUCAGUUAAAACCACUCACAGAGAGACACAUCCCCGAAUCAGACUGAACCACACACAAAGAGAUACGUCCCCCCAAAUCAGACUGAACCGCUUGCAGAGAGACACGUCCCCGAAUCAGACUGAACCAUACAAAGAGAUACAUCCCCCCAAAUCAGACUGAACCGCUCGCAGAGAGACACGUCCCCGAAUCAGACUGAACCAUACAAAGAGAGACACAUCCCCAAAUCAGACUGAACCACAGAGACCCUCCCCAAAGCAGACUGAAGCACCGAGACCCGCCCCCAAAUCAGACUGAAGCACAGAGACCCUCCCCCAAAUCAGACUGAAGCACAGAGACCCUCCCCCAAAUCAGACUGAAGCACAGAGACCUGCCCCCACAUCAGACUGAAGCAUAGAGACCCUCCCCCAAAUCAGACUGAAGCACAGAGAUCCGCCCCCAGAUCAGACUGAGGCACAGAGACCCUCCCCCAAAUCAGACUGAAGCACAGAGACCCGCCCCCAAAUCAGACUGAAGCACAGAGACCCGCCCCCAAAUCAGAAUGAGGCACAGAGACCCUCUCCCAAAUCAGACUGAAGCACAGAGACCCGCCCCCAAAUCAGAAUGAGGCACAGAGACCCUCUCCCAAAUCAGACUGAAGCACAGAGACCCGCCCCCAAAUCAGACUGAAGCACAGAGACCCGCCCCCAAAUCAGACUGAGGCACAGACCCGACCCCAAAUCAGACUGAAGCACAGAGACCCGCCCCCAAAUCAGACUGAAGCACAGAGACCCGCCCCCAAAUCAGACUGAAGCACAGAGACCCGCCCCCAAAUCAAACUGAAGCACAGAGACCCUCCCCCAAAUCAGACACCCAUAUAUGCACAGCAUUUGCACAGAGAGGUUUCUAAACAUCAGUAAAAUAAAAACACCUGAAGAAUCUGCUGAUAGUAAAAAUAUACUUUAUAUUAGUUUAGAUUAGAUUAGUUUAGAUUAGAUUAGAUUAGAUGUGUUCGGAAUUCUGUUCUCAUUAAUAAGCAAUAAUUAUAAAACCAAAUUUCUGAAGGACCAACAGUUAGUGUAGAGUUUCUGAUCUGGAAUUAGUGAACAGAGAGAAACGUUCCCUGAUUAUUAUCAGCGGUAAAAUCACGGUUCUACAGUAGGAUGCACCAAUACGCACCACCUUUACUAAAACCACGUUUCAACACUAAUUAUCCAAAUCUUUUAGCUCCACUGAUUAGCAUGGGGGUGGUGCAUGAGGUGUUAGUGUGUGUGAAUAGUUCACUAACCAGAAAUAUCCAGCCAACAGCAUCCAUGUCCUAUAGGCUGGCUCCUGUAGGCUGGCUCCAUGUCCUGUUGGAUAUGUCCUGUGGGCAUUAUCCUGUUGGCAACAUCCGAUAGGCUGGAUGCGGUGUCCUGUGGGCUGCUUUCUGUAGGCUGUGUCCUAAGGGGUGACUUCUGAGAACUUUGCCCGCAUCAUGUGGGCAGUGUCCUGUGUAUGGCGUCCUGUGGGCUGCACCCUAUGGGCACUGUCCGCAUCCAGUGUACAGCGUCCAUGUCCUGUAGGAAUUAUCCUGUGGGCUACGUUUGCAUCCCAUAGGCUGCGUCUGCAUCCCGUAGGCUGAGUCUGCAUCCUGUGGGCAGUGUCCUGUAUGCUGCAUCCUGUAGCCUGCAUUUGCAUCGUGUAGGCUGCGUCUGCUCCCUGAAGGCAGCAUCCUGUGGGCUGUGUCUAUGUCCUGUAGGCUGCAUCUUGUAGGUAGUGUCUGUAUCCUGUGGGCAGUGUUCUCUGGGCUGCAUCUACGUCCUAUGGGCAGUGUCCACAUCCAGUGGACAGAAAUGUCCUGUAGGAUGCAUCCUGUAGGCUACGUUUACAUACUGUAGGCUGCGUCUGCAUCUUGUGGGCAGUCUCCUGUAUGCUGCAUCCUGUGGGCAGCAUCCUGUAGACAGUGUCCUGUAGGCUGUGUCUGCUCCCUAAAGGCAGGACACAGCAUUGUAGGCAGUCUACUUUAUUGUAGACUGCAUCUUGUAGGCAGUGUCUGUGUCCUGUAGGAGUUCUAUGGGAAGUUUCCUGUAGGCUGUGUCCGGCGUUUACAUCCUGAGGGCAACAACCUGUGGGCUUUGUCCAUGUCCUGUAGAGUUGCAUAUGCAUCUUAUAGGUUGCAUCUGUACCCCGUGGGCUUUGUCCACGUCCUGUAGGCUGUGUCCUGUAGGAACUACAGUCUGGAAUUAUAGAACUACAAAGUGUCCUAUGCCUGAUCAAUGGAGCUGAUAAAACUGGAUAAUAAAGGUGUAAAAAACAAGGUGGUCAUAAUGUUACAGCUAAUGUUACAGUGCUCAGCACUGCCACCCAGUGUCUGAUUUAAACACUGCAUCAAAUAUUUAUAUAUAAACCUGCACCAAAACAAACCCUGCAGUUUAGUUUUAGGAAAUGAAGUUAGAGAUUAGGGAUCAGGGAUCAGGGUUUAUGGAUUAGGGUUUAGAGUUUAGGGAUUAGGGAUUCUGCAGCAGCAACUUCACCUGAAUGUAUUUCAGCACACUGUCCGAGCCAUUUACUACGUGAUUAAUGUUUAAAUCUGUGUUAUUCAGAGAAAUAGCUCACUGUAGUGUAUGUGUGUUUACAGAGUGUGUGUGUGUGUGUGUGUAUCUGUAUCUGUAAUAAUAAGCUGUAUAUUUUUUGGUGUGUGUGUUGUGCAGUACAUGUGUAAACAUAAUGUAAAACUAUGUGUGUGUGUGUGUGUGUGUGUGUGUGUGUGUGUGUGUGUGUGUGUUCAGUCUCGCAGGUUGUUUCACUGAGAGUCUAUUUGUAAAGCUAUAUUUUGUUAACAAGAACAAUAAUUAUAAUAAUAACAACAACAAUACUAAGAACAAUAAUAACAGAUAAUAACUAAAUAACUGAAUGUCACUAUAAACAUUUUACGAAGAACAGUUUUCUCACUGUGUGUGUGUAAGAGUGUGUGUAAGAGAGAGAGAGAUUAAGACAGUGUGUGUGUGUGUGUGUGUGUGUGUGUGUGUGUGUGUGUGUUAGACAGCAAUAUGUAAAUAUCCAGAUUCACUAGCAGUUGAUCCAGCUGAGCUGAAUGUGAGUUUUAAGAGCUUCAACACUUUUAUGGUUGUAAAGUAUAACUAUGGAAAACUGUCAGUAAUAAAGUCAAUGUAUCACAAAAUCAUCAAUAAAGGAUGUUAAUGCUG